CUUACUUCUUCAUCCACGUCUCCUCAUGGCUUCACAAACAAUUCUCUCUCUCUCUUCAAACAAGUGCAAAUACAUCAACAACAACAACAACAACAACCACCCCAAGUCUCUAACUUUAAGACCCUUCAAACCCAGUUUUCUUUUUUUCAAAUAGUAUUAGAGGUGUAAGUUUUUUUUUUUUUUUAAAUAGACAUGAGGCUAUAUGUGUACGUGUUGGAGGCCAAGGACUUGAGUGUGAAGGACUCGUACGUGAAGCUUCAGGUUGAGAAGCACAAGUCCAAGACUAGGAUUUUGAGGAACACCAUGAUGCCAGUUUGGAAUGAAGAGUUUGUGUUCAGAGUCCAUGACAUGGAUGAAGAGCUUGUUGUGUCUUUGUUUCACCAUGAUGAUGAGCCUAGAGUGCUCCAUGGCUCAAGGGAUUUGGUGGGUCGGGUUCGAAUUCCUGUCUGGUCCAUUGCUGCUGAGGAAAAUCAUACCUUGCUGCCUACAUGGUUUCCGCUUGAAAGGCCUAAGGCUGGGAAAUUUAUUAAUGAAGAUUAUGGGAAAAUUCUUCUAACCAUUUCUCUUCAUGGAAAAGGCCAUGAUUCUUUGACCAAGCAACCCCAUUAUGUGCAUUCAAAUGUCAAAAUCGAGGAGCCUAAAGAAUUGGAAGGUCCUCAUAUAUCAAGUCAGGACAUAGUUGGCUCAAAAGCUCCAAGACGAAAGAUGGCAGAAGGGAAAAUUUUGAUGAAGGCAGUUGCUAGUCGUCUAGAGAGGCUAUUCAAUAAGAAUGAAGAAGCCCCAAGAAACGGUGAUUCUAUGGAGACGUCCAGUACAUUAUCUGAUUAUGAGGAUUGCAUGGAAGAACAUCCCUCUACUUUUAGUUUUGAAGAGGGAAUUGAUACAAUGCAGUCAAGAAACAAUGGACAAGAAAUGCCUGAAAACCUGCAGGGCGGCAUUCUUCUAGAUCAGAUAUAUGCAGUACCACCCUAUGAUCUUAAUGCAUUUCUUUUUGUUCCCGAUUCACAGUUUAGAAAAGAAUUAGCUGAACUGCAGGGAACAAUAGAUGUGCAAGAGGGGUGUUGGAUUUGGAAAUCAGGAGAAACAUCAUGUCUGACACGAAAUGUUUCCUACAUAAAAGCUGCAUCAAAGUUAGUCAAGGCUGUUAAGGCUACAGAGGAGCAAACCUAUAUAAGAGCAGGUGGAGGGGAAUUUGCUGUAUUAGUAAGUGUAAGUACACCUGAAGUUCCAUAUGGGAAUACAUUCAAGGUGGAAUUGCUUUACAAGAUAAUGUCUGGACCAGCUUUAUCCUCAGGAGAAGAAUCCUCCCAUCUUGUUUUGUCUUGGGGCAUCAACUUUCUCCAAAACACAAUGAUGAGAGGUAUGAUUGAAGGAGGAGUUCGGCAGGGACUGAAAGAGAGCUUUGAGCAGUUUGCAAACUUGCUUGCUCAGAACUUUAAAACGUUGGAUUCCAUGAACUUAUCCAACAAGGAUGAUGUGCUGGCAACUUUGCAAACAGAACAUCAAUCAGACUGGAAUUUGACAACUGAAUACUUCUGGAAUUUCACUGUUGUUGCAACCAUUGUUAUGGUUUUGUAUGUUCUAGUGCAUAUUCUACUUUCCGAGCCCAGGAAAAUGCAAGGCUUGGAAUUUAACGGAAUUGAUUUGCCAGACAACAUUGAGGAGCUUAUUACUUGUGGAUUCUUAUUCAUUCAGUUGGAGCGAGUUUAUAACAUGAUCUCACGCUUCAUACAAGCUAGGUUUCAGAGAGGAAGUGAUCAUGGAGUUAAAUCCCAAGGUGAUGGUUGGGUUCUUACCAUAGCUUUAAUUGAAGGGAUCAACUUAGCAUCCUUGGAAUCAACAGAGUUUUGCAAUCCCUAUGUGGUUUUCACCUGCAAUGGUAAAACAAGAACAAGCUCUGUCCAGCUCCAACCUCGCGAGUCUCAAUGGAAUGAGAUACUUGAGUUUGAUGCUAUGGAAGAACCGCCAUCAGUUUUAGAUGUGGAAGUUUUUGAUUUUGAUUGUCCCUUUGACCAAACCCCCUCACUUGGGCAUGCUGAGAUCAAUUUUGUAAAACACACAUCUACUGAACUCGCGGACAUGUGGGUGCCCCUUGAAGGAAAGUUUGCUCAGUCUUCUCAGUCAAAAUUGCACUUGAGAAUUUUUUUGGACAAUAACAAUGGAGUUGAAACAAUUAGGGAGUAUUUGACCAAGAUGGAAAAGGAAGUUGGGAAGAAGUUGAAUCUACGAUCACCUCACAAGAAUUCAACAUUCCAGAAACUGUUCGGCUUGCCACCAGAAGAGUUUCUCAUCAGUGACUAUGCAUGCUCCCUGAAGAGAAAAAUGCAUCUACAGGGAAAGCUCUUUCUAUCAGCAAGAAUUGUGGGGUUUUAUGCCAAUUUAUUUGGACAUAAAACCAGUUUUUUCUUUCUUUGGGAGGAUAUUGAAGCAAUCCAAGUGCUUCCUCCGACCCUGGCAUCUGUGGGUAGCCCUACUUUGGUCUUAGUUCUACGGAAGGGUCGAGGUCUUGAUGCAAGGCAUGGUGCAAAAUCUCAAGAUGAAGAAGGCAGACUCAAAUUUUAUUUCCAAUCAUUUGUGUCAUUCAAUGUUGCUAGCAGAACAAUUAUGGCAUUGUGGAGAACAAGAACAUUGUCCCCUGAGCAGAAAGAACAAAUUGCGAAAGUGCAGGAGGAUCAAGAUGAGAGGUCCGUCACGCUUGAAGAUGCAGGGUCCAUUCUGGAUGCUGAAGAUGCAUCCAGAAUUGAUGCAGGAUCAAGUAUGGAAGCUGAAGAUGCAAAUAUAUCCAAGUUUUACAAUGCAGAACUUCCUGUCGAUAUAAAAUCAUUGAUGGAAAUGUUUGAUGGAGGAAAGUUGGAGCAUAAAAUUAUGGGAAAAUCUGGUUGUCUUAAUUAUACAACUACCACAUGGGAUCCUGUGAAGCCUGAUGUUUAUGAACGACAUCUGUCUUACAAGUUCAAUCGCCAUGUCUCAACUUUUGGAGGGGAUGUCACAUGCACACAACAAAAGUUUCCAAUUGCUAAAAAUGAAGGGUGGAUUGUCAAUGAAGUUAUGGCUCUACAUGGUGUCCCAUUUGGCGAUCACUUCCGUGUUCACUUCAGGUACCAAAUUGAGAAAUCUCCCCUUGCUCAUUGCGCGUGUAAGUGUGAUGUUUACAUGGGUAUUACCUGGCUUAAAAGCACCAAGUUUCAGGAGAGGAUCACCCGGAACAUAACCGAGAAGUUUACCAAUAGACUGAAGGAGAUAUUUGAACUUGCUGAAAUAGAGAUUCUCUUUACAAACUCAUCAGGAUAGUUCCAUUUGAUACAUAUUACAUACUUUGAGCUCCUGUCAUUCAAAGUGCUUUUCUAUGGAAAGCUGAAAGUGCAUAUUGUUGAAGUAAAUACAAAACAUUUUUAGAACAAAACAUGUUCCAAGGAAUUUUGCCAAUUGUAUCCAAUGCUCUUAGUUACCA